AUGUAUUGCAAUGUUUGUAGGUACUUCAUUGUUAUCGAUGAUAUAUGGGAUACAUCAACAUGGGAAUUGAUAAAAUGUGCUUUGGUAGAUAAUUAUCUUGGAAAUGUGGUAAUCACAACUACUCGCAAAUCAGAAGUUGAUAUGGGUGGUCUUGUUUACACACCAAAACCACUUUCUUAUAGUGACUCCCAAAAGUUAUUCUAUACAAAGAUAUUUGGUGCAGAGAAAUGCCCUGAGAAUUAUAAAUCAGCUGGCGUGUAUGAUAAAAUUACUGAGGUGUCUGAAAAAAUUAUGAAGAAAUGCAAUGGUUCACCAUUAGCCAUUGCUACAAUAGCUAGUGUGCUAGCUAAGAAAUCAAUCUUGGAAUGGUCACAUGCCUACAACACUAUAGGUUUUGGGCAUGAUGAAGAUGAAUCACAAGUUAAGAAAACAAUGAAGAUAUUGUCUUUUAGCUAUUAUGAUAUGCCAUUGCAUCUACGAGCUUGCUUAUUAUAUUUAAGUAUAUUCCCCGAGGAUCAUUUUAUUCGCAAAACAAUGUUGAUAUGGAUGUGGAUAGCUGAAGGCCUUAUUCACGAUAAAGAAGGGGUAGGUCUGUUUGAGCUUGGAGAAAGAUAUUUUAAUGACCUUGUUAGUAGAAAUAUGAUCAUGCCAGCAAAGUUCACACGGGAAGCAGGCUUCCUUAAUGGUUGUCGUGUCCAUGACAUUGUACUUCAACUCCUUCGUUCCUUGUCAAAAGAAGAAAACUUUAUCAGUAUAUUGUAUAAUGAGCAACACAUGCCUGUGGACAGCAGGCGAGUAUCCAUUCAAAACAAUGAGCUCAACUUUGACAACAUCAUUAUGGAUAAGUCACAUGUGAGGUCAGUUACUACCUUUCGAGGUCUUAUGGACAUCUUGCCUCCACUCUCUAAUUUCCCAGGGUUGCGUGUACUGGCAGUUAUGGGAAACUCUGUUUUGAAAGAAAGCCAUUAUCUGGAGGGACUUGGGAGCUCACUACACCUUCGGUACAUCAAUCUAUUUCUUACACCUGCAGGCCAUCUCCCAAAAGCUAUUGGUCAUCUAAAGUUGCUCCUGGUACUGGACAUCGAGGGCACUGGCAUAGAAGAACUGCCGGACAGUAUGGCCCUGCUACAGGGAUUGAUAUGCCUACAUGCUGACGAGAAGACAAGGAUGCCCGAUUGGAUUGGGAAGCUGACUUCCCUGCAGGAGCUGUGGAUUUGGCCUGUAGCCGGAAAGUAUGCAUGCUUUGUGGAAGCGCUGGGCAAGCUGAGGGAGUUGAGGGUAUUGGUAACAUUGAAUGUCGCGCCUGAUGAGAGCGUUGAGGGAGGCUUGCUGGAGGCUUUACGCAACAUGCACAACAUCAUGGUUAUAGAUUUCACUCUUGACAGUAAAUUUGAACCAGGGAGUAUCAGAAAGACAUGCGAAGAAGGCUUCAUCCUCUCGCUACAUCUCCGCCGCCUGGUUCUACAUGGCUUCAUGUUCUCAAGGAUCCCGGGGUGGAUCAGUCCCUUUCUUCUUCCCAACCUCUGCGACAUAGGAGUGGAAGCAUAUCAUGUGGAACAGAAGGAUAUGGAUGUCCUUGGAGAUUUCACAAAGCUCCACAAACUGGGUCUUAGGAUUGUGAGCGUGGAAACAAAAGACAAGGAAAUUUUGACGUGUGGUCGUGGUGCAUUCCAGAAUCUGAGGAUAUGCGAUGUGAACCGACAGCUCAAGUUUCUACAUGGAUCUAUGCCAAGGCUUGAAGAUGUUCAUUUGGAGAUCCGUGUCUGGCAAGUGAAACCUGAUUUCGACUUUGACUUGGGCUUGCUUAACCUCCCUGCCAUUCAGCGAGUCGACGUAACUAUCAACUGCGCAUACUCUCGUCCUGUGGACGUGGAGGAAGCAGAGGCUGCUUUGACGCACGCAGUGUACAUGCAUCCAAACAGUCCCACGCUUAUAAUAAAUAGGAUGUGGGAAGAGGUACCAGCAUUUUUAUCAAAUAAGGCCUUCCAUUUUCAUAGAUUUCAUUUGUCUCUGUGCAUGCUCAUUCUCCUGGUAUCUUAA